AUGGCUGAGGUCGCCGACGAGGACCUGCCCACCAGAUGGGAGAUCGAGCUGGAGACGGGGUUCCUGGAAGACGAGAAGUUCCUGAACUAUCUAGAGUACCUGGAAUACUGGCGACGUCCCGAGUACGCCAAACAGCUUGUAUACCCGAAUUGUCUGCAUGUGCUGACCAUGCUCAAGAGCCCGCAGUUCCGCAAGGACAUCGCAAAGGCAGAGCUGAGCUCUGUGCUGUACAACGACAUGGUCGAGCGCUGGAAGGAGCCGCUGCGUGAGCCACUGAAGGGCACCAAGGAGGAUUCUGGAGCAGGCGGCCAAGAGCAGCCGCAGUCCUCGCCACAGAUAAAGAGCGAGGACACUCACGAAGUACCCCAGGUCUCACCCGUGCACGGACUAAAAUAA